AUGAAGCGCGCCGUGGCGAUCAAACAGCUACCCCUGGAAGCGAUGGAUAAGCUUCGAGGUGUUAUGAAACGAACUUCCAGCAAGCCCUUCUCCAAACGUCAGCGAGGAAACACCUGUUUGGUGGACACAAGUAUAUUGGCGAAUACCGUGAAUCACACCGGAGCACCGGAAACCUUCAAGUACAUUUGGAUUAACGAAAACCGGGAGCUACCAACAUACGACAAGCUACGGAAAUGGCAGGAAGCCGGACGCAGAAACGGGUUUUGCGAUGUUCUCAGAGAUCUUUGUUCGUAG